UGAGUGCGUCAGUCCGGACGGAAAUCACUGGUGCACAACAGCUACAUUCAAGGUCCAUGCUAACUCAACCUUUAAUGAAGCUACAUUUCUUAAAGUAAAAGACAAUAAUAUACAUGAUUUAAAUCCAUAACAAUGAUUUAAAGAAGAUCACUGAAUGAAAAACCGUAUUUUGUGGAAUAUCCAGCCGUCAGCGUUUGGUUCAACGUGAUCACACUGUGAAUCGUCCCGACUGAAAUGUCUCUUCCUAAGCUGGCCCGCCUCCCCUCAGCGAGGCUGCUGACGUCCGUCCUCCCCCAUCAUCAGCUGCUGCUCCCCCCUCUCUCCCCUCUCACCAUCCCCUGCAGGACUAAGAUCCAGCAGGACUACAGACGCCCCGGCCAGCCCAUACAAAAGGAAUCCCCCCUCAACUUCAACUUCUCCAAGGGAAUCAAGAGCAUCAAGAAGCAUUUCAUGCUGAUGAAAGACGAGUUCUUCGAGCGCUUUGUGGGUCCGCAGGGGAAACCGCUCAUCGAACACAUCCUGGAGCAGAACCUGGUGAUCUGGGAGUUCAGGGGUCCAGAGAGCCUUAAGCAGUGGACGGUUUCCUCGGAUCAGGAGAUAGGAGGUCGGAGUGAAGUUCACCUGAAGAUGGGCAGGAACGUUAACACCUGCUUCUUGCACGGUAAGCUGUGCACCACCAUCCCGAGGGACGGAGUGACGCGGUACAGCGGAUACUGCAACAUGCGCUCAAAGAUACCCAAGGCUUCAUUUGACAGGAAGAAGCACUAUGACUGGUCCAGCUUCAACACCCUGCAUCUCCGAGUGAGGGGAGACGGCCGGCCGUGGAUGAUCAACAUCGCCACGGAGACGUACUUCUCUCACCAGAAAGACGACAUCUACAACUACUUCCUGUACACCAGGGGGGGGCCCUACUGGCAGGAAGUCAAGAUUCCUUUCUCCAAGUUCUUCCUAUCACACCGCGGGAGAAUACAAGACAACCAGCAUCCUAUCUGGCUGGAUAAGGUGAACACCAUUGGAUUUACGUUGGGAGAUAAAGCAGAGGGACACUUUCAGCUGGAGGUUGACUUUGUUGCUGUCUGUAAAGAUUAUGCUCACACUGAGGAGUUUGCCUAUGAGAUGUACGAGAGGAAUCCAAAAAACUGAGAGCGACCGUGAUGAUACUGCAGAUGAACUUUCGUUGAAUAAUGGUCGCUUUAAACUACGACUACCAAUAAAGAAAUGCAGUCAACAACA